UCUCGCGGGGGGGGGGGUGGGGCAGCGGCUCCCGGCCCAGCGCUGCCCGCCCGCGGGGACAUGGACCCUAACAGGAUCAUCCAGGCGCUGAAGGGCACCAUCGACCCCAAGCUGCGCAUCGCGGCCGAGAAUGAGCUCAAUCAGUCCUACAAGAUCAUCAAUUUUGCUCCAAGCCUACUGCAAAUCAUAGUUUCGGAUCAGGUUGAAUUCCCAGUACGUCAGGCAGCUGCCAUUUACCUGAAGAACAUGGUAACGCAGUACUGGCCAGAUCGGGAGCCACCACCAGGAGAAGCAGUGUUUCCAUUCAACAUUCAUGAAAAUGAUCGCCAGCAAAUUCGUGAUAACAUUGUGGAAGGAAUAAUUCGGUCUCCUGACUUAGUGAGGGCCCAGUUGACAAUGUGCCUGCGUGCUAUCAUUAAACAUGACUUUCCUGGCCAUUGGACAGCAGUGGUAGACAAGAUAGGCUAUUAUUUGCAGUCUCAGAACAGUGGAAGCUGGCUUGGCAGCCUGCUGUGCCUGUAUCAGCUGGUAAAGACUUACGAGUACAAGAAAGCAGAGGAGCGCGAUCCUCUUAUAGCAGCAAUGCAAAUAUUUUUGCCUCGGAUCCAGCAGCAGAUGAUCCAUCUUCUUCCCGAUAGCUCCCAUUACUCUGUACUGCUUCAGAAACAGAUCUUAAAAAUCUUCUAUGCACUUGUUCAGUAUGCAUUGCCUCUUCAGCUGGUGAAUAAUCAGACCAUGACUCAGUGGAUGGAGAUCUUCCGUACCACCAUUGACAGAAAUGUGCCUGCUGAGACUUUACAGAUUGAUGAAGAUGAUAGGCCAGAGCUGGUAUGGUGGAAAUGUAAGAAGUGGGCAUUGCAUAUUGUAGCUCGCCUUUUUGAACGGUAUGGAAGUCCUGGAAAUGUCACAAAAGAAUACUUUGAAUUUUCAGAGUUCUUUUUAAAGACCUAUGCUGUGGGAAUCCAACAGGUUCUCUUGAAAAUCGUAGACCAGUACAGGCAAAAAGAAUAUGUUGCUCCACGUGUCAUUCAGCAGAUCUUAAACUAUCUGAACCAAGGGGUCAUUCACUCUGUAACCUGGAAACAGAUGAAACCACACAUACAGAGUAUAACAGAAGAAGUGAUAUUCUCUCUAAUGUGUUACAAAGAUGAAGAUGAAGAGCUCUGGCAGGAGGAUCCUUAUGAGUACAUUCGCAUGAAAUUUGAUGUGUUUGAGGAUUAUGCAUCCCCUACAACAGCAGCACAGAAUCUCCUCUAUACUGCAGCUAAGAAGAGAAAAGAGGUACUACCAAAGAUGAUGGCAUUUUGUUAUCAGAUCUUAACGGAGCCAAACAUUGACCCAAGGAAGAAAGACGGAGCUUUGCAUGUGAUAGGUUCUCUAGCAGAUAUUUUACUGAAGAAGAGUGUGUUCAAGGAUCAAAUGGAACUGAUGCUACAGAACCAUGUAUUUCCACUGUUCAUGUCUAACCUGGGGUACCUCAGAGCUAGAUCCUGUUGGGUUCUUCGAUCAUUCAGUACUUUGAAAUUCCACAAUGAACUAAACCUGAGAAAUGCAGUAGAGCUGGCAAAAAAGAGCCUAAUUGAUGAUAAGGAAAUGCCAGUCAAAGUAGAAGCAGCCAUAGCUCUUCAGACUUUAAUAAGUAACCAGGAGCAAGCCAAGGAGUAUGUAAAGCCAUAUGUCAGACCUGUUAUGCAGGAGCUGUUGCACAUAGUUAGAGAGACAGAAAAUGAUGACCUUACUAACGUUAUCCAGAAGAUGAUCUGUGAGUACAGUCAGGAGGUUGCUACCAUCGCUGUUGACAUGACACAACACCUGGCUGAGAUAUUUGGUAAAGUUCUUCAAAGUGAAGAAUAUGAGGAGGUGGAGGACAAAACAGUUAUGGCCAUGGGAAUUUUACACACAAUUGACACUAUCCUAACAGUUGUGGAAGAUCACAAAGAGAUAACUCAACAGCUGGAGAGCAUAUGCUUACAGAUCAUUGGCCUCGUUUUGCAGAAACACGUAAUAGAAUUUUAUGAAGAAAUUCUCUCUCUGGCAUACAGCUUGACAUGCCAGAUGAUUUCCCUCCAGAUGUGGCAGCUUUUAGGUGUGUUAUAUGAAGUUUUCCAGCAGGAUUGUUUUGAGUACUUUGCAGAUAUGAUGCCUCUCUUACACAAUUAUGUGACCAUUGACACUGAUACUUUACUGUCUAAUCCAAAACAUUUAGAAAUCAUUUACACUAUGUGUAAAAAGGUAUUAACUGGAGAUGCAGGAGAAGAUGCAGAAUGUCAUGCAGCUAAACUUUUAGAAGUAAUUGUCCUUCAGUGCAAAGGGAGGGGUAUUGACCAGUGCAUCCCACUCUUUGUAGAAGCUGUACUAGAGCGGCUAACCCGAGGAGUUAAGACAAGUGAGCUUCGUACCAUGUGUCUCCAGGUUGCCAUAGCUGCUCUUUAUUACAAUCCUGACCUACUUCUGCACACAUUAGAGAACAUCAGAUUUCCGCACAACCCUGAGCCUAUCACUGCGCAGUUUAUAAACCAAUGGAUGAACGACACUGAUUGUUUUCUUGGACUCCAUGACAGGAAGAUGUGUAUAAUAGGCCUAAGCAUCCUAAUGGAGUUGCAAAAUCGGCCCCCUGCAGUAGAUGCUGUGGCUGCUCAGAUUGUUCCUUCAAUCCUUCUCUUAUUUCUGGGAUUAAAGCAAGUGUGUGCAUCACGCGAGGUCACAGUACCUGAAGAGCAUGCUAAAGAUGAAAAGCACAUUGCAGAAGACAAUGAAGAGAUCCCAAGUGAUGAAGAGGAGACCAAUGAAGUGGGCCAGGCAAUGCAGGAGAAUCAUGGAGGAGGUGGUGGCGGAGGAGGGGAUGAAGCCGAUGAUGAGGAUGACGAUGACGAUUGGGAUGAAGAUGCAUUAGAAGAGACUGCUCUAGAAGGAUUCAGUACCCCUCUUGACCUUGAGAAUGGUGUAGAUGAAUAUCAGUUUUUUACACAAGCACUAUUAACGGUGCAGAGCCGGGAUGCAGCCUGGUACCACUCACUAACAGCACCACUUAGCGAUGAUCAGAAGAAACAACUUCAAGAAAUUUACACACUGGCAGAACAGCGGCGAAAUGCAGCAGUCAAUUUUAGAGACUAAGACUAUAGAACAACAAAGUGGCUACACAUUUGACAACAAAGGACUCAUCCCAUCAUUUAACUUUGGUGGAAGUGCUCCUGGUGGCAACUGAAGGAGAAGCUGUAAAGGACUGUGGGAAGGGUCUCAUCAUUGCAUUCUUAUUCUGAGUGGUUAGGGGAGGGUAAUGUUAUGCUGCAGAAGGUUCCCUGGGAUACAGUGGUGCACUUCCCCCACCAGAAUGCUCUUUCUAACCAGCUACUGUAAUGUACAAAUUCUUGUGGUGUUUUUUUUUUUAAUUCGAUGGACUGAAAAGAAAGUGUCCUGUCCUCAAGGAAAUUGAAUGACUGGGAGGGGCCCGGUUGAAUCUAAUUGAGUUGCACUUCUCAGGUUUUUGCCGUGCAGAAUUGCUGGAUUCAUAUGGAUAACAGUGCCUUCUGUUGUACAUGGAUUGCCUGAACAAAUGAAUUUUAGAGCGCAUUGUAAUUUUUUAAGUGUAAGGACAUUUCUAGAUACACUGUAAGCCUUUGUUUCAUGUUUUCCGGUUAUCUGCCUUUUAUUACAUGACUUAGUUAUAUGUCAGUGGCAUACACAUUGCUGGAUUCAAAAAAAAGUAAUCUCAGCUUCCCUAUUUGAUGCAAAACUUUGUGUUGGGAAGUGUCUUUGGGAAUUGUAAAACAUACACUGGUGGUAUCAAGGGUUCUUAUUAAUAUGCAGAUCUUCUACAGUCUUCUUAAAUUAUUUCCAUUAGCCUCCAACUCAGCCCGUGUCCUUGAAAUCUGUCUGCUGAAGGUACCCAUUUUGAGUUGUAAUGACACUCAUGACCUUGCAGAUUCUGAUCCCAGACCAGCACUGAUACUAACUUCCGUCUCCACAAAUGGUGUCAGUGAUCAAGCCUUUGCAAGUAGAUGUUCUGCUGGACACCUUUGUAUUUUCAGGUUUCUUGCUAAAUACUGAGCUUUACAGAUUCACACAGAUUCAUAGACGUUUAGGGCUGAAAGGGACUGUGUGAGAUCAUCGGGUCCAGCCCCUCUGCUCUGGGCAGGAAAGACUGCUGGGGUCAAAUAACCCCAGCAAGGUGAGUAUCCAGUCUCCUUUUGAAGAUCUCGAGGGUAGGUGUCCACUGGGAGUCUAUUCCAGAGUAUGGUCACGUGAACUAUUUGGGGAUCCUGGAAAUUCCUUUUAGUUUUUUUUAGUAACUCAUCAUUCCAGCUGUAGUACUGAACAAAUAGAGUCCAAAACAUUUAGAGCAAUAAUUUAUCUUAAUGGAGUGGGGGAAACCCUUCAAAUCCUUACUCUUGUAUAUGUGAAUUUCUGCUCUACAUUCCAUGUGGCCCUUCCUACCCUGUGUUGACAUUUGGUCACCUGUUUAAUUUUUUUGAGUUUAAAAGAUUAGUCUCAUAUAUUCGGAAUGUAUAACUGGGUGUUUGUUUAUUUGUUUGCAAAACUUGUCUUUAACCAGACACCAAGUAAAUAUUGAUUUGCAUAGAACCCCCUUUACUCUGACUGAUGAGUUAACAAGGUGAAAUGAUAGCGUUACUUAAAAUGGUUAAGCAUUUUAAAAUGAGGAUUGGAGAUAGAAUCUUUAGUUCAGAUUUUGUGUCUUUGUGCACGUUCAUUUGUUCAGGGCCCCAAAAUAUUUACCAGACAACUGUUAACCGGAGACUAACACGUAGAGUUGAUGAGCCUUCUGUCUGGAAUAAUGCCUGCGUGAAAAAACUUGGCCCCUCCUUCCCCUUUCACCACAACCUCUGCUAUUGCAGUGGGUGAGAAGGUGCCAGGCCUGGAUCCUGUUCACAGCAUUCAUCUUUUAUACUAACCUCUAGGCUGUAGAUGUCUGAUAAAUCUGAAGCCCUCUCUUACCUGGCUGCUGGAAAAAGAGCAUUUUCUCUUCUGCCCCCAGAUCUUUACUACACUGGGGUAGAAGGUCCUCUACCACCUUACCCAUUCCUGAGCCUUGUGUUAGGUGCACUCCAGAGCUGACCUCUGCUCCAGCUUUUACCGACUUUUCAAAGCAGCUGCCAAGUAAAAAUAACUUGAAUCUUUCAGUUUUUCACUACUGUAUCCAGGUUUCUGAAUAACAGAUAUGAAAAUUGCUGUGACUUUUUGACAUGUUUUUCCUUUGCUAAAGCAUGAGAAAAGUUUGAAAGCUAUGGGAGUGUGAAUCUUCAAAAAUGACAAAUUUUUUUUACUGAUCAAUACGAGACCAUUAAAAAGGCUUCAUUAUCAGAUGACAGAUGCUUGAUCCUUUUUUAAAAAUCAGGCACUUACAUAAUUUGUCACUUGAAAAUGUAGCCCGGGAAAUGUCUAUUUUCAGUGUUAGGACAGUUUUACAUCACUCUAGGUUCAAUUUAAUCUGAGUUUCUUUGAAACCAUGGAAGCUAGAACCUUCUUCACAAAUUUUAAAAACAUUCUUCAGAAGUUGAUGGCAUUGAUUUCCCUACCCACAAUAGACAAGAGAAGCGUCUUUCCCCUCAGUAGGGAUUAGGCAAGUAUAAUUCUUUGUUUAUUUAUGAAAUGGUAGAUUGUAAGGGAAAUUUUCUUCAAGCCCUCUCCCUGCCAGAACACAGGAGGGAAAAGCUAGUUCAAACAGUGGCAUAGUCCCAAGCUAGCUUUUAGGAAGUAACAUGUUCAAGCAGAUAUCAACUCUUGCAUAGUGGCAUCUUUAUGUCCACCCACUUGAACCCUGGUUGCUCCCAAACUCUGCUUCUUGUAUACUUUUCAAAUGAAAUGCCAAGGAAAUUUCAUCCAGAUGUUUCUUUCAGUGGGUUUUGAUCUGCUGUGUGGUGUCUGGAAUCUUUGCUGUCUAUUUCACAGUUUGGGUCAGAGGCGAUGUCGUAGGGGACAGUGCAUGAAAAGGGUUAAUAGCUCUCCCUUUCCCAAGAGAUUCAUGAGCAAAUGUUUCCCCUGGCAAAAGCAAACAUUAAUUAUUUUAUUCCUUUUUUGAAAAGGGAUUUCAUUGAAGAUUAUUUAUGGGGCCUCUAGCUUCCCCCUUUACAUGUGGUUCUGUUUUAACAUGAUAUGUGUACAUUUAUAUAUGAUCAUGAUAGGUAAAGGAGUCUGGGGCUUUUCCUGAGUUGUGUCCAGCUUGUAGUGUGUUAAAGGGACCUGUCUUUGAAGCCAAGGUAACCACAAAAUAUCAGAUACCAGCAACAGCGAACUGAGCAUGAUCUAAUUCUCUUUGAAAAUGCAGAGACUUAUGAAUGUAUUGUAAAAUAAAACAAAGGCUGAUAACCAGUAACUUGUACUGCCCUGUGCCCAUGCUCACUGAUGUGUGAAAGUGAUUAUAUGGAUGCCAUGGGAGCUUAUGUAUUAAAUUAGCUUUGUGUAGGUAAUUCUAGCAAGUGUUAAUUUAUAUGAUAAGCUUCUUUUUUUCAGAUAAAAUUAACUGGUCCUGGGUGUUGAAUUUCAAA